CUUUAAUAAUGAAUUCUAAAUCAUCUGCUGAACCUAUUAAUUAUGCAAAUAAUCAAGUUGCUACAAGUUCAAAUCAUCGUGAAGUGAAAUCACGGGAGCAUAAAUUUCGAGAAGAAGAUCAGCAUUAUUUACCUGGAAAAUCACUUUGUAUUGCUCCUUUACCAAAAACUAUCACGCGAGAGGAUUUAGCAAAAUUCCUUCACCAGUUUGGACCAGUUAAAAGGGAACGUUUUGGACGGAAUUCCUUAUGGAUUGAAUACUAUGAUAGUGCACCUAUUAAUAUUUUAAUGAGCAAAUCAAAUUGGUUUGCAAAUGAAGAAUUAUGUCUGAGAAGAAUUAAGAAAAAUAGAGAAAACUCUGGUUUUGAUAGAAAUAAAGGAAAGAAAGCUAAUCAUAUACCAAAUAAACCUGAGGAAGAAGAAGAUCCAAUAAGCUAUGAUCGUAUAAAGGGUGUUAUUGAAAAUGAAGUGACAUUUGACAACCAAUUAAAUGCUCUUUUGAAUACAAUACAGCUUACUGAAUUUGAGUUAAUAACACGAUAUGAUGUCAUUUGCACUCAUUUGAAUGAAAUAUUCAGGCCAGUUUUUCCAGAAUGUCAAACAUAUAAAUUUGGUUCGACAGUGGCUGGAUUAAGUUUUAAAGAGAGUGAUUUAGAUAUCUAUAUGUAUGUUGGUGAAAUCGGUUUACCACCGUUUUGUCAUAAACCGGAUAUUCCACCAUAUAUGCUAACGCUAACAAUAUUCAAAAGAGUAAGGAGAAUCAUGUACAGCAUGAAAUCUGUCUUUUCCAAUAUAAUAUCAAUCCCUAAAGCAAAAACACCUAUUAUAAAGUUUCGUUACAUACCAACUAAUGUCUCCUGCGAUAUCUCUUUCAAGAAUGGCCUAGGUAUUUAUAAAAGUAAUUUCUUACGUUAUUGUGCAUUACGCGAUCCUCGAUUACGACCAUUAAUGCUGCUCAUCAAAUAUUGGGCGAGGCAUUUUGGAAUUUCCGGUAUCGGAAGAAUCUCUAGUUAUGGAUUAGUGUGUUUGAUUAUUUUUUAUCUUCAACAAGAAUCAGUCGGUCUUCUUCCGCCAUUAUUAGAUCUUCAAAAAACUUGUGUUCCACAUGUCAUAAACGGAUGGCAAGUAAAUUUUAAUGAAAAUACCAUCUUACCACCCAUCAGCAAUAACAGUAGUAUUGCAGAACUUUUUCACAAUUUCUUUUCUUUUUAUGCCACGUUUCACUUUCAUUCAUGUGUGAUAUGUUUGUUGGAUGGAAAAACGUAUUCAACAGCUGACUUUGCACAAAUAGACAAGUUACCUGAUUAUAUGGACAGGUACAAAACUUGCGUCAUGGAGAAUAGUGCCAAGAAAUUAGAUGUUAAUAAACCGUUAUGUCUUCAAGAUCCAAUUGAACUUAAUCAGAAUACAGCUGCAAUUACAUCAGAUCGCGCAUUAAUAGCAUUCCAACAAUGUUGCAUGUUUAGCGCCGAAAUCUGUGCAGCCGCUAAAGCAAAUAAUUAUGAAAAUGUAUUGAAAACAUUAUUUAGUACGGUACCGCCUCAAUUAAUACCGACGAAGAAAAGGAAAUCGAAAUUUAAAAGUACAAUACGGGCUGGUCGGUUCCUUCAUGCUGGAUUGCCGAACGAUUUCGACACACGUACAGACAUCUCCAAUAAGGAGCAGUACAAGAAAGAUAAUUGGUAUUUCAUAAUGUUUAAUCUAAUAAGAGAUAUCUUCGAAAUGAUUUUUAAACUACAAGUCGAGAUACUCGUCGAUCAAGAAACAAAGCAACAAAAAGUUGAAGUAUUAUCUGAUGUACAUACUAGAAGUCAACAGAAGAUAAUGUUCCAUUGCACAGGCAAUAAAUGUGUAUGGUAUAACAGAAAGAAAAAUAAUAGAACUCUAUUGGAUAUUCAAUUAAGUCUUCUGGAGAAAGAAGCUAUUAUGUCAGACAAGGUGAUGGAACAAUUGAAGGAUGAUACGAAUAACAUCAAGCUAGAUUUUAUAUGUACAUUAGAAAAGGCGGAUAAUCCUGUGUCGGUAAUUAUAAUUCUACAUGACAAAGACAGUCAGAAUCACAUCUUUCGACAAUUUGAAUGUUUUGUAAACAGUUGGAUACCAAAAAUAAUAGAGAAAACAUUGCUACAUAUGUUACAGUUCAAAAAGACUUACAGCCAAUUGCUGCACCACAAGAAACCGUGAUGGUCCUGUGUAUAUAUGUGUAUACAUCACAUGUUUUCUGGCAUAUAUGGAUCAAAAAUUCAACACUACUUUGCAUAAUUUGAUUGCAUCAGAUAUAUAUCAAUGUAAAUUGAUUUUUGCAAUAACAUUACUAGAAGUCAUUCAUUUAUAAUAUAUAGGUUUACAAGUAUAUA